AUGGCGUCGACCCCCUUGACCGCAGAACAGAUUGACGACCUCAUCUUCGAUACUCGUGCUGGCGAACUCGAAGUCGUACAAGAGUUCCUUAAUACUCACAGUGGAGAACAACUUCUCCAGGUUAAAGAUGAAUACAGUUUGGCAACCCCACUUCACAUGGCCAGUGGAAAUGGACAUAUCGAGAUAGUCAAGCUGCUGCUUGCCAAGUUGUCUGGUGACGAACUCGUCAAGUUUGUCAAAGCAGAAAAUGACUCUGGAAACACGGCUCUUCACUGGGCCUCAUUGAACGGACACUUGGAAGUUGUCAAACUGCUGUGUGAUGCGGGAAGUGACCCUUUUUCCAAGAACAAAGCUGGCCAUGACUCGUUCUACGAGGCCGAGGUCAACGAGCAAGAAACCGUCAUCGACUAUCUUUUAGAACGCUAUUCUGUUGAGCCAGAAGACGACGAUGAGCCUGAAUCGUCUUCUGAUGCUGCUGCUUCUGCUGCUACCACUACUACUUCCACAGAUGAAGUUGCCAGCAAAGUGGAGAACCUCUCAGUGGGCAAUUAA